AUGUCAGAAUUUCCAAGUCUAUCAUCAAUUCAAUUCCAAAAAGCAAUAAGAGAAAUUUCCGAUCAUGAAUUAAAUCAAAAGAAACAACAACAAUUAGUAUUCAUAUUCAAAUUAAUUGAAACAAAUAAUGAAUUAAAAUUAGAAUUAAAAAAACCUGAUAUAACAAAUGAAGAUCAAGAUCUUUAUAAUGAUAUAAUAAAUGAAAAUAAAUUAAGUUUAUUUGAACAAAUUGGUAGAAUCGAAAAUUUAAAUAAUGAAUUAGUUAAUCGUGGAUUAUUAAAUGAAAUUGAAAAAGAUAAUGAAGAAGAAAAAAUGAUGAAAGAUAUUGAGGAAUUGAGUAAGAAAGGUGAUGAAUUGGAAGAGGAUUAA